AUGGACGGUAGCGGUAAAUCUACGCAGGUAAAGAAAUUAACAAAUCGUCUGGAUGAAAACAAUCAACCGUGGAUUUAUAGUCGUGAAGCAGGUUCGACAGAAGCAGGUCUAGCAAUGCGGGACAUUCUUCUCAAUCAACCAUUUUCAAAGGACUUGGAUAACUUCACGCGCAUCUGUCUAUUUGCAGCCAGUUAUCGUGAAGGACUGACCAAGAAGAUCUUGCCUGCAUUGGAAGAAGGUAAAUGGGUGGUCAGUGAUCGAACAAACAUUUCUUCAAUCGUCUAUCAAGGUGCAAUGGAAGAAUUUCCAGAAGCAAUUAUCUUGAACAAUGAAAUCAAACAGCCAGAUCUUGUUAUCAUCUUAGACAUCGAUCAUGCUUCAUUUGUCAAACGUCAAGAGUUUAAAGACCGAGAUCACAUGGAAAAUGAAUUGGUUCAGGAUAAAGACAAAUUUAAUUUUUUACGAGACAAGUAUAUAUCUUAUGCGAGAAAGUACACCAACGUAGUUGUCAUCGAUGCCCGCCAGCAUGUCGAUACAAUUCAUGAGGCUAUAUUCCACGCCAUUGAGCGAUCUGAGUAA